UUAGACAGUGAAAACAUUGACACUUUGAUGCAGAAAUUAAGUGAAAAUGAAACCCAAAAUACUAAUCUCAGGAGAAAAAUACUUGAAAGGGAGAAACAUGUUAAAGAACUUUCAUCCAGGCUUCAGCUUGAAAAAGCCAAGGUACAGAAAGAAGACCAUCUGUCAGGAUCAGUAAAGGCAGUACAAGCUCACCUGCAAUGUCAGAUUCAAAGAAAAGAAGAGGAAAAUAAUGAAUUAAAAGUGAAAAUACAGACUCUAGAAAAGAAAAUAGCAGAGUGGAAACUUCAAGUUGGUGAAUACAAGCACCAGAUGUUAGCCUUAAGGGAAACAAGUGAGCAAAAGAAGACUGCUCUGAAAAAAGCAAUCAGGUCCCAGAAACAGAGAGCUGAACACUUUGAAGCAGCUGUGGAAAAUUUAACCUCCAGAAUAAGAGAACGUGAAGUGAAACUGUCUGAGAUACUGUCAGCUUCCGAUGUCUGGAAAAAACAGCAUGACAGAAUGGUUGAAGGAAAGACAGCGCUGGAAAUUCAAACAGAAGAUCUUAAGAAGCAGAUCACAAGCCUUUUGGAAGACCUGAAAAGAAAGGAGGAAUGGAGAAGAAACUCAGAUGAGGCAAUUCUUGGAAAGCUAAAUUCUGUUAACUCUGAAAAUGAAAAGAUUUACCUUGAAAAUGAAAAAUUAAAGGCUUCCCUUGCUAUAUUGGAAACCAGUACUGUUUCUGUAGAAAAUGAAUUGCUAAAUCUGUAUGAAAAGGCAAAGCUGCAGGACAACCUUGUUGAACAGUAUAAAAAUCAG